AUGAAAUCAUGCGCCGUUACCACAGCUGGUAGUGCUUUGAUCUUUGCGGUAUUUGCUAUUACAGGACCUUUGCCUCCGGCUGUGAACACUGCAGUCGAGAUUUCUCAACACUUAAUAGUCAGAGAAACACCCGCACUCUCUAGCGGUUCCUCGAUCCCAUACAACACAGUUUCCCAUGCGGGAGAGGGAGCCAUUGCUGCUCGAAGCCCGAUCCCCAGUGGUCAUGACCCAGGCGCGCUUGAAGAUGCAUAUAAAAUGCUCACUCCCGCCGAGAUCGUGGCAUAUAAUAACCUAGGCCCAGUUAUUCCAAGUGAACCUCUACCACCAGUUUUGUCCUCAGCAAUAGUUUCCAGCGACCCUCCACCCCCGGAGUUCUCUUCAGGGCCCGCAAUUGGUAACGAGAGUGCCGCUGAAAUUGUGGAUACAGAGAUCCCCGACUCAAUAAUUCCUGGCAAUCCUCUGCCUCCAAAAAGUUCCUCCAAUUCCCAACAGGCUGGGACUGGGAUUGUUAUAGGGGCUAGAUCCGUUAUGGCUUUAGGGAUCGUUGAGGUCGGGGAUAGUUUACAGGUCCAAGUACCGCAAGCUGUUCUGGGAACAUCGAAACCCCGCUCGCGAACUGGUCUCGAUGCAGGGACUAGUCACAGUGCUACUACCGAGGGCGCGGGUGAUGCAGGAUCUCGAACCUUAUCAUCCCAGUUCCCGGCAAUAUUUGAAGGGAGAUCUUCUAGAAGAUAUGUUCCGGUCGGUGUCAUGUCAGCUUUGUUAGCAGUGGCUGUCGCGUUUGUAAUGAUGUAG